GUCAGUGUAACACUUUACGUUGCAUGCUGCUGAGCUCUUACCAGCGGUGGUUAAUAUGUAAACUGUGCAGCAGUUUGGAUGAAGAUCCCCAUAGGAACAUUGGCCACUGAUAAGCAAGCUGGGCGGCCGCUGAGUCACUCAACAUACAAGGGGACAAUUUCAGUGACUUGCAGACUCCACUGACGGCUCUUGAAUAGUUGUGACGAAGUAGAUGUUCGCGCUCUGUUGUCUAUUUCCACCGAUAACUCAGCUGGAUAUAGAGCAGAGAAGGACUUUGGUCUGAAGUUCUGGACAUCAAAGAUUUCUUUGCUGAAAAUGGAUGCUGGUGCUGGGAAAAGGCUCCUCCAUGUGGACCUCCAUAUCGAUGAGCUUGAACCUUGGAGAGGAAUCCUGGAGCUUCUCAGCAGACUCCGUCCCCAUUGGAAGGCACAGGACAUUCAGAUGAAGACGUUCACCGGGGGCAUCACCAAUCAGCUGAUCGGCUGCCACGUGGGCUCUUUUAAGGAGCCCGGUUGUGUUCUGGUGCGGCUCUACGGCCGAAUGACGGAGCUCUAUGUGAACCGAAACAAGGAGGUGGAGAUGUUUCAGGUCUUCCACGCCCACGGGUGUGGUCCGCAGAUCUACUGCAGCUUCCAGAACGGCAUCUGCUACGAGUUUGUCAGAGGAACGGUCCUGGAGGAUGAGCUGCUCCGACAACCCUCCAUUUACAGAUUGAUAGCAGCAGAGAUGGGGAGAAUCCAUUCUAUCCAGCCAAAAUGUGGUGUGUCUGUUGAACCUCUGCUCUGGACAAAAGUGUCCCACUUUCUCACACUGGUGCAGAGCAGUAUCAACAGCAGCCCAGCAGAGCAGCGCUGCACAAAAAGUUCUUUGACUCGAGGAGAGAUGCCCAGCUUUGAGACUCUGUCAAUGGAGAUGGAGUCGUUGAAGAGACACCUCUCGCAGAUCGACUCGCCGACUGUCCUCUGCCACAACGACCUUCUGACCAAAAACAUAAUAUACAACAAGCCAGAGGGAAUAGUGAAAUUCAUCGACUACGAGUACGCAGAUUACAACUACCAGGCCUACGAUAUUGGCAAUCACUUCAACGAAUUUGCCGGUGUGAAUGACGUUAACUACAGCCUGUAUCCGAGCCGGGAGCUGCAGAGGGAUUGGCUGAUGGCCUAUCUGGAGAGUUACAAGCAGAGCACAGGGCGUGAGGUCACUGCUACCAAGGCAGAAGUUACAAAGCUUUACAUCCAAGUCUGCAAAUUCUCAUUGGCAUCCAACUUCUUCUGGGGUCUCUGGGCCAUCCUGCAGUCACACUUCUCCUCUAUUGACUUUGACUUCCAAAGAUAUGCCGCGGCACGACUCACCUUCUACUUUGAGAAGAAAGAGGAAUAUUUUGGACUGACAGCGAGCUAGGAACAGAAACCAGAGACCAGGACAUUUCAGCAUUACCUUUUCUGUUAAUCCAAGGGUAGACUUCAUUGAUGUGAACCACGUCCAUCUUUGAUGCAUUGUACAAUAUCCACUGCAGAAUGAAAGGCGCAGACUGAGCUUAUAAAAGUGCUCCCCAUUGUUUGUUGUUUCAGGCUGCAACGUGACUUAAUAUGUUUUGCUAUCAUUGUUAUUUUUUAAAUAUUUGUUUACCACACUCGGUAUACCAAUAAGGAUAUUUGGCAAAUUGAGAUGAAGCUCACACCAGACACACAUUAAUUGUUCCCACAUUUAGCCGGAUCGCACAAAGCCACACAUACUGAUCCUGAUCAUAAAACCAAUGACAGGAUUAUUUUCUGCCUUGUUCGGUGCCUGUAACAAUUCUGAUGGAAAACAAGUUUUCAUUUAAUUGAAUUUCUAUUUGA